AUGGAGGAGGAGGCUGCGAGGAAGAGGAAGAUGCCUUGGGCCCCCCAGGCAGGCCCCGAGCUGAGGACGGAGAGCCCGGAGGACAAAUCCCCCCGUGAGACCCUGGUGGGAGAGGCCGUUUUGAAGGGCUCCACGGUACAGGAAGGCAGCGGGGAGGAAAAGGUCUGGAGAUCCCUGCAGAGGAGUGGCUCCAAAGCCAGCCCAGGGUGCUCUGAGGAGGAAAGACCCAACCUGUGCCGGGAAAGCGGCUGGAGCUUGAGGGAGAGCUCUGAGCUGGUGGUCCCUGAGCAGCCUCCCAGCAGGCAGAAGCCCUUCAGGUGCUUGAAAUGUGGGAAGAGCUUCAGGAAGAGCCCCGACCUGCUCCGACACCAGCACAUCCACACUGGGGAACGUCCCUACAGGUGUGGAGAAUGUGGGAAGAGCUUCAGGACCAACUCCAACCGGAUCCGGCACCGUCGCAUCCACACUGGGGAACGGCCCUAUUCGUGUGACGAAUGUGGGAAGAGCUUCAGGCAGAGCUCCCACCUGAUCCAACACCAGCAAAUCCACACUGGGAAACGGCUCUACAUAUGUGGGGAAUGUGGCCAGAGCUUCAACCAAAACUCCAAGCUGAUCCGACACCAGCUCAUCCACACUGGGGAACGUCCCUACACAUGUGGGGAAUGUGGGAAGAGCUUCAGGGACAGCUCCACCCUCCGCAUCCACCAGUACAUACACACUGGGGAACGUCCCUACAUGUGUGGGGAAUGUGGGAAGAGCUUCAGGGACAGCUCCACCCUCCGCACCCACCAGUACAUCCACACUGGGGAACGGCCCUACACGUGUGUGGAAUGUGGCGAGGGCUUCAACAAAAGCUCCAAGCUGAUCCGACACCAGCACAUCCACACUGGGGAACGUCCCUACACGUGUGAGGAAUGUGGGAAGAGCUUCAGGGACAGCUCCACCCUCCGCAUCCACCAGUACCUACACACUGGGGAACGGCCCUACACGUGUGGGGAAUGUGGGAAGAGCUUCAGGGACAGCUCCACCCUCCACACCCACCAGUACCUACACACUGGGGAACGGCCCUAUACAUGCGGGCAAUGUGGGAAGAGCUUCACAAAGAGCUCCCACCUCCUCAUCCACCAGCGCAUCCACACUGGGGAACGACCCUACAAGUGCUUGGAAUGUGGGAAGAGGUUUCAGCAAAGCGCACAUCUCCUCCUGCAUGAGCGGACGCACACGGAUGAGAGGCCCUUCCGCUGCACCGACUGCGGGAACGGCUUCAAGCACAACUCCGCCCUCGUCAGGCACCGGCGCAUCCACACCGGGGAGAGGCCCUAUAAGUGUGGGGAGUGUGGGAAGAGCUUCACCCGCAGCUCUUACUUGACCUCACACCAACAGACCCACAAGUAA